GUGAAAAGAAUGUAUUCUGUCUCUCUCAAUUUAACCUGUCAUGUUCACAUAAAUUUGAAUUUGCAUUGUUUAGUUCUCUGGGUCAAAGCUGUGAUAUGUCAGAGAGGGAUUACGGAUAAUUCAUCUUGUUUGGCACAUUAAUGAAAUUGCAUUGUUGGAUACCAUCAUUAUAAAAUAGAUGUAAAUGUAUUUCCGGUCUCGGGACUUAUCCGUCUUCCGCCCUGAUGCCCUUGUAGCUAUGGAAACUCGUCAAUGGCAACAUCCACCAGCCCGUUCACCCGUUUUGACCAGGGGCGCCGAGUGUGAUAGCUAGCUAGCUGGCUUUAUGUGUGCCAGAAUUACCGAUCCAUUACCAAGGUUUCAAGAUGGCGUUACAACGACUGACGGCUUUGUUCAUCCUUUAUUCGAUUCUCGGCUACAUUCCAUCACGUGGGGUAAUCCUCCGAACCACAGACAAGACUGUGUGGGCAAAUGAAUUUGAACCUAUUGAGUUGACCUGCUUGAUAGAGUCCAUCUCAACAAACAACCCCAGAAUCGAAUGGAAGAAAAUCAAAAACGGUGUCCCUAGUUAUGUGUACUUUCAAAAUCAAAUUUCAGGGGACUUGGAGCAUAGAGCCCAGCUGAUCCAGCCAGCCAACCUACUGAUCCUCAACACCAGCCGUGCAGACACUGCAGAGUACCGCUGUGAGGUCGCUGCCAUUGAUGACCACAAACACUUUGAUGAAAUUCUAAUCAGUCUUGCUGUCAGGGUAAAGCCUGUGGUGCCAAGGUGCAGUGUGCCUGUGGCGGUGACUGUUGGCACGUCCUCUGAGCUGCGCUGCCUAGAGAACGAGGGCUUCCCUGCCUCACAGUACCGCUGGUUCCGCAACAACGAGGAGCUUCCCCAGGACCCAAAGAGCAGCCCCAAGUUCAUCAACUCCACCUACUCCAUUAACGCUGACACAGGUGGUCUGAAAUUCCGCAGGAUGAGGAAGGAGGAUGCGGGAGAGUAUUUCUGCCAGGCAAAGAAUGAAGCUGGACAUGCACAGUGUCCCGCACAGCUGAUGGACGUCUAUGAUGUCGACAUAGUGGGGAUUUUUCUGAAGGUGUUGGCGGCAUUGGCCGGAUUCACUAUUGUGAUGGUGGGGGUUUAUCAUGCACACAAACAUGGCUGCUUCUCCUCCGGCAAGGAUCACACAGGAACCAACUACAAAUCGCCAGCAGCAGAUGAUGGUGUUGAAUAUGCCGAAGCAGAUGAGGGUCACUUCCGGCACAAAUCAUCAUUUAUCAUUUGAAAUCUGAGAUAGAAGACCGUCAAGAGGGGAAACACUGAAGAGGAGACACACUGAAGAGGAGACACACUGAAGUCAAAAGUGCAUCAAAUCCCAUAAUAAGGCUUCGUGUGAGAAAUUUAAGCUGUAACGUUGCACAUUCUUUUUUGGUGCGCAUCAACAAUUAGCUUACCAAAGUUAUCAUCUUGAAAAAGAUCAAUCAUUAUUUCUACAUUUCUGAUAGGCAAUUGCAACGUUAUGUCCCUGUUAGUACACUGUUUGUUUUUUUUGUAGCACAAAUAUGUUUUGUCCUCAGUCGUUACUGUAACUACAACUACAGUACGAUUUUAAGCUUUGACAUUUGAACUUCCACCAACAUGUUCAUCUAAACUGAUGCUGGAACAUUCCCCCAUACUGUUUUUGGACAAUGAUUUUUGACUUCCAAACAUUUCUACAAAAUAUACCAAACCUGUUUUACAAAAACAGCCUUGCAUAGCCUCUGAAUGCAAGAUGGACUGGUUUAUGUUAUUAUGAAGGAAGGUUGUGUCAAUAUAUUUGUGAAUAUAUACACUACCAUUCAAGAGUUUGGUGUCACUUAGAAAUGUUCUUGUUUUUGAAAGAAAAGCACAUUUUUUGUCCAUUAAAAUAACAUCAAAUUGAU